AUGGCUCCAAUCAGAGAAAGGCCGAAGAUUCGCAUCGCUCUCGCUGGAAGCGAGUCUCGUUGCUACCCGGGUGGAAGAUGUCUGGCCGUAACCACAGAUGAGUUCUUCAGGAGAGCCUUGAUCCAUCAGUCCAAUGUACACCAUGUAUAUAUCACCAUCGGCACCGGCCGAGACUAUUACAAGUACUAUCAUGAUAGCAAUGUGGUUUGCUUCACUUGUUUCUGUUCAGACAAUCGACAAACCGGUGUAUCACCGUGCCAAUCCUCCAGUCCUACCACCGUCAUCCCAGCGAUCAAGAUGUCUUUAGACUUAUCGAAGACUGCUUCACCGGCACCGGCCUCGGCGACAUUGUUCACACCAGAGUCAUCCUCACCAACGUCGUCUCCAACAGACAUCUCUCCAGCACUGACCAAAGCCUCAUCAAGCACAACUCUUUCAUCUCCGAGCAUCGAAUUUGUUGUCGCACAUUACAGUGAGAAACUGUACUGGCUCAAGGAUGUCAUCGCCUACUGCAAGAUUUACUCAAAAGGCGGCCCGAAGAACGCCCCUGACUUCGCAUUCGAGGAGCUCCACAACAACGGCCGCGAAGGACAAACCUACCUCUACUACAUCUGCAAGUACUACGAUGAGCUCAAGGACGUUACCGUCUUCACACAAGGCAAAGCUUUUGACCACACUGGCAUGACCGCCUUGGAGAUGAUGGACAACGCGCUCGGGACUAAGGUGGGCCAAAUCACUACCUUCGGCACCCAACGUGACCUGGAGCUGUUCGAUCUCUGGGAUGGAAUUCCUUGGAAGGAUUACCCAUGCUGGCAGAAGUGGCUGGGGGAAAACCUCGAAUUCAUAGGCAAGAAAGCUCCCCAGACCCCGGCCCAGUAUCUCAAAGAUUUCUUCGACAAUUACGGCCAUGACGGACCGCCUAUGUCAGUCGGCUUUCAGCCUGGUGCAAUCUUUGCUGUGAGGCGUGAGACUAUUCAUCGACACCCAAAGAAGACCUACCAGAAGAUGCUGGCGGAUCUCUUUGAAGGAGAUAUGGUGCAUAUUGACCCUGAGACUGGUCAUUUCAUGGAACGGUUGUGGCUGGCGACCUUUUGCCCCGAAGAGUACUGCUGCUGGACUGAGACCGAGGUGUCUAUAGUGGAACGCAAUCAGCAGGGACAGCUCGCGAAAGGCAGAUGGCAUAGGACUCCUCCCGGUGUUCAGGUGGACGAAGGACAUACUAACCUAUCUGAUGAGGAGUAA